AUGGGCCAGCGCCUCAGCACCGGGCGCGAGAGCGACGUCUCCGCGGGGGACGCGGCGGAGGGCCCUCCCUCCUCCACGCUCCUCCUGUCCGCCCAGCGCCCCACGCUCGAGCCCCACAAGGACGACACCGUGCAGCAGGACGAGCGCGAGGGCUCCGUGCGCCUCGGCGACGUCGUGCGCGACACGCUCGGCUCCUCGUCGGGCGCGCACGACCAGGAGCCGUCCGCACACCAGCUGCAGCCGCUGAAGCUGCAGAGCGACGACGAGGACGGCGGCUUCCCGCGCACGGACGACGCGCACCCGCUCAAGCGCCGCAGCUCCAUGUCGCGCACGCCGGCGCCGCCCAAGCUGUCGCGCUUCCGGCCGUCCAUGGACAUCGUCCAGUCGCCCAAGUCCCCGCAGUCCGGCUACCUGUCGAGCUCGGACUCGCGCUCCGUGGACUCGAGCUCCAGCUCGUCCGACGAGGACCUCGUGGGCAGCGGCGAGGAGCUCGUGAGCGACUGGCUGGACGAACCCGAGGACGCCGUGCUGUCGCCGCCCUCCAUCCCCAAACGCGCGCGCCACGCCAGCGCCUGCUCCUCCGUGUCGUCCCAUACAGGGAACAGCGUGUCGUUCUCGGCCAUGCACAGCAGCGGAGGCCGCAACAGCAACAGCAGCCAGCACAGCAUGACGGGGUGGGCGUCGUGGCUCAGCUCUCCAGACGACGUCGAGGAAGAGGAGGACGCGGACGAUGAGCCCGUGGCCCUGACGCCCUUCUUGCGCGAUAACAUGCCCGUGUAUGAAGUGAUGAGACAGGUGCAGCUCUUCCGGAACCUCAGUCAGAUGCAGCAGGAGCAGGUGGUGCGCGCGCUCAAGCCGUGCAAGUUCUCGGACGGUGAGGUUAUCGUGGCCCAGGGAACGCGUGGCUCGCGGUUCUAUAUGAUUGCCAAGGGAGAGGCUGUUGUGACCAAGAAGGUUGUCGCGAGCAGCAACAGCAUGACUGGAUCGACUCCCACAGGCGCGGGGCAGACGCAGGAGCGCAUGAUCACACACUUGCGAGCGGGUCACUACUUCGGCGAGCUGGCACUUAUCUACGAUGACCCGCGUACAGCCACUGUGCGCGCUGUUGGCGACGUUGAGCUCCUGUACUUGACACAGGAGGAUUUCCAGCACAUCGGCCAAGUCCACCUGAGUCUGAUGCUGCAGCAGGUGCCGUUGCUCGCGAGACUGAGUGCGCAGGACCAGGACAUCGUGCUCAAGUGCUUGCGGCCAGCAAACUUCAGUGAUGGCGAGUACAUUGUCCACCAGGGAGACGAAGGCACGCGGUUCUACAUGAUCACGCGUGGCGAGGCUAUUGUGUCGGAGAAGGCUGUGGGGCCUGACAAGAAACCGUAUGAAAAGGAAUUGACGCGGCUGUACGAGGGCCACGUUUUCGGCGAGAUGUCGCUCAUCUACAGCGAGCCUCGUACGGCUUCGGUGCGAGCGGUGGGCCCAGUCAAGUGCCUGUACCUGAGUAAGGAGGACUUUGACAAAUGUCUCCUUUCCGACCACUUCCAACGGUUUAUUCAGGAAGCCUACGUGGAAAAGGCUACGCGGCGUGCCAUGCGACUGCGUCUGCAGCAGCGUGCUAAUAGUGCCGCAUCCAAUGCCCCCACGCCACAGGCCGAAGGUUCCGGAGCGAACAGUUCGUCAGGUUCUAUAGUGGCGCCGCCUCCAGCUCCCAUAUCACCCGUGAAAGCGACAGAAACCAAGAAGCUGGUGAAGCAUCGGCUUAAAAACGGUCAGGUUGUGGUCAACAAGUACGUGAUUAAGGGCGAUCUGGGCCGAGGCACGUUUGGCCGUGUUAAGCUCUGUGAAAGCCAGAAGGAUGGACAGAUGUACGCUGUGAAGAUCAUGCAUAAGACUUUCGUGCAGCGCAUGGCUGGCAAGGAGGAUCAGCUGUACGACGUGCUGCGUCGUGAAGUGGCUAUUAUGAAGAAGCUGAAUCAUCGCAACGUCGUGCGCCUUGUGGAGGUAAUUGAUGACCCCAACAGCCAGAAGAUGUAUCUCGUUCAAGAAUACGUGCAGCACAGUCUAAUGGAGGAAGUCACUCAGGCUCGCCGGCUGAAUGAGCCGGUCGCUCGUAAGUACAUGCGCGACCUUCUCACUGGUCUGCAGUACCUGCACUUCCACAAGGUUAUUCACCGUGAUAUCAAGCCGGAGAACAUUCUCGUCAGCUCUGAGGGUGUAGCCAAGAUUGCUGACUUUGGUACGGCGCGAAUGAUCAUGAACGAGACAGAGACCAUCUCCGGAGCAAAGGGCACUCCUGCAUUCAUGGCCCCCGAGAUGUUUGAUAUCGAUGCAACGUACCAGGGCCCCGCUGUCGAUGUGUGGUCACUUGGCGCUACAUUGUAUAUGAUGGUGAUUGGUCACCCGCCGUGGAUGGCAGACAACGAGAUUCUCCUGGCGGAGCGUGUUCAACGUGUGGAGCUACGUUUCCCGAAGGAUGUGGAGCGCACGAUGGAGCCGCAUUUGAAAAACUUGCUGCAGCGUAUGCUUACGAAGGACCCAGCCUUGCGCAUUUCUCUCAAGGAGUGCUUUGCGCACGAGUGGAUUACCAAGGAGGGCAGCGAGCCGCUUGGCUUGAUCACGCCGGAGAAGGAUCUCACCGUGUCUAUCGAUGAAAGUGAAUGUGCAAUUGAAAACAUUCCGGAGCGUAUUGAUCAGCGGUUGACGGAGAGUCUUGCUCAAGCCCACCAGUUGGUGAAGACACGGCAGCAAAGUGUUGGCGCUGGUGUUGUGCGUACGAACAGUGGACGCUACUUCACUGGCACUCCAGUAUCGGGGACCUUGGGCUCCCGCAUUCCUUCGUCAGCGUCAACCACAUCGUCGGUUGCCACAGUCGGCAGUACAACGUCCAUGAGUCCGAGCCGAGCGUCGAGUGAUGAAGUGUCUCGCAUUAUCUGCGCGUGGCGCCACCACAAGCGUGUUCAGCUUAUGGAUGGCCACAAGGAAUUGUCUGAGCGCUCACGCGAACUGCUAAUUGAGCAGAAGCGCAUGGCGUUCUCGGUGGAUCGUGCAAAGGUGACGGAAAUUAUUUUGCCCGCUGCCAAGCCUACUGCUCGCAGUCGCUACCCAAGUGCGUCAUCGGCUGCAUCACUUCGACAAGUGAGGGAGCAGUCAGUACUUUCAUCGGCGUCGUCAGUCUCGUCACUUUCUACAGUGGGGGGUGAUACCCCUACAACUGACUCACCAAGAUCACGCUCAUUCCCAAGUGGCCGAAGUAACUCUGUGGACAACUCGCUGUUGGUGAAAAAGACGAGUUUUCGCAGAGUGCACAAAGACUCUGGCAACCUCGAAGGCUUCGGUCGUACGUCAUUCACAUCUGUAUCCCAACUCUCCGAGUUGGCAGCUAUACCUGUUGAAGAGCGCGGUAGUUUGUCUUCGUCCAGCGAAGCAGGGAGCGCGGGGCGGUCUAGCAGCAGUCUAUCAAAUGCGGAGUUGGACGCAGACCUGAUGAAGCGGUCGCUUUCGCGAAAGAAAGAUUUUCUCAUGGUUACAUCCGAAGUGUUCCGUGACGAGGGCGGUGACUAUCAGACACGCAAGAUUCUCUUCCAGGCGCGAGAUGACGACUUCUCCGUGGCUUCUCGAGUUCCAACUCAUUCGAACUCAGGACGGGAAUUGCUGCCCCCGGGUCGGGCAGGCUCCACCAACUCAUCUGCAUCGAGCAAGCCUAGGAGAUUGGGAAGCGCCGGUAGACUUGGCAGUGGGGGUCGACUAAGCAGUGGAGGCAGACAUGGUAGCGCAGGCAGCGGUAGCGCCAUGGGCAGCGCGAUGGGGAGUGCAAUGGGCAGCGCAAUGGGUAGCGCAAUGGGUAGCACAAUAGGUGCAUUGGGCAGAACCAACGGCAGCCGUCGAUCAUCGACCGGAAGUGCUGGCUCCAUCAGCAGCUCGUCUCGUUCUGUGGUCACCGACGAUGGCAACGUGGAAGAGUUUGACAUGGAAGGCAUUGACUGCGUGCAGGUGACGGAAGUUGAUGAUGAGGACGACGAUGAUCUUUUGAAUCACCAGGCUAUGCGUAAGGGCAGCGGUGCCUCCUCGCGGCACUUCCACCACCACUCUAGUGACAGAAGCCGCGCAAACAGCAGUCACACGUCUGGCCUGGAAGGGCUUUCGGACGCCGAUAGCGACUCGGACGAUUCGGAUUACUCUGAUGUUGAGUGCGAUGUGGACGUUGACGCAACAUUCAGCGAGCUCAUCACGUCGCCGACUCACCAGCUUGAUCUCAUUAGCCACGACGAUGAGGAAAUCGCGCCUAUCAUCACUGCCAAGCCGUCUCUGACGUCCAUGGUGGAUGCGGCAUGCUCUUCACUGGAUGUGGACAACAGUGGAAAUGUUCUCACUCUUGGUUCACUGGCGUCGAUGACUUCUAGUUCGUCGGCUCUGUCCAUGGCCACUCCCGCGCCGCUGUUGGACAUCGUGCAAGUCUACGUGAGUAGCAAGAUUCGAGAAAACCUCACGCUCUCAAUCCGCUCAGGCUACGCUGAGGCAAAGGGAGCUCGGUCGUACAUGGAAGAUCGCAGCACUGGACAAACUACGUGCGAUCUAUCGCGCUACCCGUCUGCCCUUGCGAACUCCUACGCCUCAUUGGCUUUCUUUGCAGUGUACGAUGGCCACAACGGUACCAGCACUGCUGUGAAGCUGCAAAACGAGCUGCACCACCGUUUCUUCAACGAGGGAACUGGCUUCGUGGAGUCUCCGGUCACGUGCAUCUCAUCUGUAUGCGAGGCGGUCGACAAUGAAAUCUUGGAGCAGCAAAACCUCAGCGUUCUUCCCAAGCGCAAGCGCACCAUGGCCCCGGAAGAGUUGCAACGGUACCUCAGGAGCGAAGCUAACGCCGAUCCCAGUCUCACGGAAGGCGAAUGUUGCGAGAUUGACGGCGAAGUCGUUUGCGGAGAUGAGAUGAAGGCGCUACUGCAGCCAAUCUCGUUCUCCGGAGCUGCAAGUGUCUUCGCUGUGGUGGCGAAACAGCGCAAGAAACGCCGGCGGACGAAUAACAACGAGGAUGGCGACGCAGAAGCAGAGAAGGCCACGGAAGGUGAAAGUGGCGACGAAUCCAAGGAGGACGAGGACGACGAAGAGGACCAGCCUACCCGACUCUACGUGGCCAACGUGGGUGACUGCCGUGCCGUGUUGUGUACAGCAGACGCCGUGGCAAUCGACUUGACCACAGACCACAAGGCCUCUCUUCCAGCUGAGAAAGCGCGCAUCGAAGCGUCCGGUGGCUUCGUCCACAACGGGCGGCUGGAUGGCAUUCUGCAGAUCUCGCGUGGUUUUGGCGACUUGGCGCACAAGCAAGACGGUCACUUGGUCGCGACGCCCGACGUUGUGGAGCACCUAGUGAACCCGUCGGACCAGUUCUUGCUGCUCGCUAGCGACGGACUCUUCGACGUUCUGACGUCACAGCAGGCCGUGAACUUUGUGCUGCGCAAGCUCCAGACCCACGGCGACGUGCAGCUCGCAGCGCAGGAGCUCGUCCUCAAGGCCCAGGCGUACUUCGCGCACGACAACGUCAGCGUGAUCAUCGUGGCGCUCAACCAGAAGAGCGACGCCUGAAAUGGACGUCGGCCUCUUUCAUCUCCGUGCACAGACGAUCGAAGACCGACGAAGAAGCGGAAGGAGUGAGUGGGGAGCGCGACUGAAGCCGCCACAUCACAGCAACGGAAACCCGAAAACUUGUCAAAUACCCAGACAAAAAGUGAGUGGAAU